AUGGAUGAAAUUUAUGGUUUCUAUUCCACGGGAGAGUACGCUUACAAGGCCUUGAUGUCACCGGAAAACCUAAUGCUUCCUUGUGAUUACCAAGCUUGGCUUUGCUCUUUGGGUCGGAUUCCCAUGUUUGGAUCCGACGAGUUAAUCUCUUCUGCCUCUGCCAUAUCCGAAACUGCUUCUAUCACCCUUGAAAUUCAACGAGAAGAAGACACGUCCAGUGUGAUCAAAGCCAAAAUCGCUUCACAUCAUUCUUAUCCUCGUUUAAUUCAAGCUUAUAUUGAUUGCCAGAAGGUUGGGGCACCUCCGGAGAUAGUGAGUGUAUUAGAUGAAAUUCUGAGAAAGAACGAUGUUAACAAGCGGGACAUCAUGCCAACCUGCUUGGGAGCCGACACUGAGCUCGACGAGUUCAUGGAAACUUACUGCGACAGAUUGGUGAAUUACAAAUCUGAUCUUUCAAAGCCUUUUGAUGAAGCGACCACCUUUCUAAACAAGAUUGAAAUGCAGCUUCGAAAUCUCUGCAAGGUUGCUUCCAUUAGAGGCCCUUCUGACGAAUGUGCUCUAUCAUCAGACGAAGAUUUUAGUGGUGGGGAGGUAGAUGCACACGAAGCACAGCCCAGAAAUGAAGACAGAGGUCUCAAAGAUAGGCUGUUUCGUAGAUUUGGCAGUCACAUUGGCACCUUGAAGCUGGAGUUUUCAAAGAAGAAGAAGAAGAAGAAAGUAAAACUACCAAUAGAAGCAAGACAAACGUUGCUUGAGUGGUGGAAUGUUCACCAUAAAUGGCCAUAUCCAACGGGAGCUGAUAAGAUAGCAUUGGCUCAAUCAACGGGACUAGACCAGAAACAAAUCAACAACUGGUUUAUAAAUCAAAGAAAGCGGCACUGGAAACCAUCUGAGAGCAUGCAAUUCGCGGUUACGGAUAAUCUGUCAGGAAAAUUCUUUGCUGAGGACUGA